ACCGUUACGUGCGGAGGUUUUAGUGGUAAACAAAGUUAUUUGUUCGAUAGUCUAAGUCGUACUAUAUACACUUGUAUACGUGCUGUUUGACACUCGAGCGUUCAAUUGGAUGUGUUUAAAAGUGAUUACUUCAAUUAAAACGGUAUUAAAUUUAAGUGUUUCGGGAAAACAUAAAUAAGGAUCCUAGCUAGUGUUUAUCGAGAAAGUAUCAUGCGCAUAUAUCUGAAUAGAUAGUGGUGUUGGAAAAUAGACUACAGAUUUUCAGUGCUGAGCCUGUUAUCCGGACUUAACCUGCGAACAGAAAUUCAAGAUUGCCAGGGAUUUCAUAACAAAGCGCCAUGUCUCUGUCGAAACCGAUCGUAAACCCUGCAAUUAAAUUUACGCAGAUUUUCAUCAACAACGAGUGGGUAAACUCUGUGAGCGGGAAGACGUUCCCGACCAUCAACCCGACCACCGGCAAGAAGAUAUGCGACAUCCAGGAGGGAGACAAGGCGGAUGUGGACAAUGCGGUGUUGGCGGCGAAGGCGGCCUUCAAAGUGGGUUCCCCCUGGCGCUCAAUGGACGCCUACGACCGUGGAAGGCUGCUUAACAAGUUGGCUGACCUCAUCGAGAGGGACGUCGUAUACAUCGCGAGCCUUGAGACGCUUGACAAUGGGAAGCCGUUCAAGGACUCCAUGGGGACGGAUAUGAAUCUUGUCAUGGAGACGAUCCGCCACUACGCCGGCUGGGCGGACAAGCUGUGCGGGAAAACCAUCCCUGUCCGUGGUAAUUUCUUCUGUUACACCAAACAUGAACCAAUUGGCGCCUGUGGGCAGAUUAUUCCGUGGAACUUCCCGCUGUUGAUGAUGGCGUGGAAGAUCGGCCCGGCCCUUGCUUGCGGAAACACAGUGGUCCUCAAGCCUGCGGAACAGACGCCGCUCACCGCCCUAUAUGUUUGCUCCCUUAUUAAGGAGGCUGGUUUCCCGUCCGGUGUGGUGAACGUUGUUCCCGGAUAUGGUCCCACGGCUGGCGCCGCCAUUACAAGCCACCCUGAUAUCAGAAAAGUCGCUUUUACAGGAUCUGCCGAGGUUGGCAAAAUUGUGAUGGUGGGAGCGGCCGAAAGCAACCUGAAGCCUGUUACUCUGGAGCUGGGAGGCAAGAGUCCCGUCAUAGUUUGCAAGGACGCUGACCUGGACGAGGUGGUGGAAUUGGCCCACAACGCCAUCUUUUUCAACAUGGGUCAGGUUUGCACGGCCGGAUCAAGGACGUUCGUGCACGAGGACGUCUACGACGAGUUCGUGAAGCGCGCCACUGCACGCGCUAAGUCCAGGAAGGUCGGCAGUCCCUGGGACGACGCCACCGAGUCAGGGCCGCAGGUUAGCGAGGAGCAGUUUGACAAGAUUCUUGAGUUGAUCGAGAGUGGGAAGAAGGAGGGUGCGAAGCUGGAGUGUGGCGGGGCCCGGUUGGGUAACGAGGGCUACUUCAUCCAGCCCACAGUUUUCUCCAACGUCACCGACAAUAUGAGAAUAGCCAAGGAAGAGAUAUUUGGACCAGUGCAGCAGAUCAUUAAGUUCAAGGACAUCGAAGAGGUGAUCGAGCGGGCCAAUGACACCACGUACGGACUGGCGGCGGCCUGCUUCACGAAAGACCUUGAUAGCGCACUCGCCAUCAGUAGCAGAUUCGAGGCUGGUACCGUCUGGGUGAACUGCUUCAACGUUUUUAAGAUGAACGCCCCGUUUGGAGGGUUCAAAAUGUCCGGCAUUGGCAGGGAACUCGGUGAAUACGGCCUUCACGCCUAUACGGAAGUCAAGAACGUGAUUGUGAAGACCCCGUACAAACUACCGUAGUGACAGGAACUGUCAGGAGAGCCAGCACCUCUGGCCAACCACAGUCCGGAGUGCUUUGAUUCUCGUACUCUAAACAUGUACAUCAGCCACUCUGUAUAAACUGCUAUACACACAUGUAUACAUCUGUAUAUGUUAUAUCUACUGGUAGAAGGGCAUACUGUUGGGUUGGUGAAACAUUGUAAGAGAACAUAGUGCAGAUGAACAAACAGUUGUUUAUAAGUGUAGUAUGAACGUAUUAUCUUACUAUUUAUUAAUGAUCUAAACCUAUACUUUAAUCACGUAACCACUCGUAACCACUAGAUGCAUGUUUUAGUAUUGACUUAUAAGACAUUAAUCUUGAAUGCAAGGUGUAAGUUAAAAUGUUUAAUAAACAAUUAACAUUAGAA